ACACAAACGAAAGAAAUAUCAAAUUCUUCAUUAAAAUUCGCAAAUUCACAAAAUUCAUAAUUUCGCAUUAAUUAAAAUAAUCAUUAAUAAAAUCACUAAAAUUUGCUUAAAAUUAGCAAAGAACAAAUAAAAACAAAUAUUUACUAUACUGCAAAUAAAUCCUCAUAAAUUGUUCUUCAAAUAAAAAUGGUUAGAUAUCAAUGCCAAAUUUGUAAAAGAGAAUUUUCAACUUACGGCGGUUUAAAACAACAUGCCAAUGCUAAACAUCACAGGAAAAUGAGAUCCUUCCAACUAAAUGAGUCACCAGUACAGCAAAAAUCUUUGUUGCAGCCAUUAAGAAAAAUGAUAAGAUCAGAACAUGAUGCAGAACUUUGGAGCACGUCAAUUAUUAUGCCAAACCCAACUACUUCGCAAGAAAAGCUUACAUCACAGGAUGAUGAUGAUGAGAUGAAGCAAUUUGAACCUUCAUCUCAAGAUGAAGACUUAGUAAAUAUUGCAAAUGAGUUAGAAGAUGAACCACAUUAUCAUUUGCGAAAAAGGUUACAGUUAGAAGAGAGGGUCGAAGCAAAUUUUGAAGAAUCGGAAGCAGAAUCAGAAUUAGUAAACUUUGAAGAUACUGAAUUCAUUGAUUCUGAAGACCUUCAAGGUGCGUCAUUAGAUAAUGCCAUAGAUGUAGUUGAUGGAAACCCCACACCAGAGCACGUAGUAAAAUGGCCGAAUGAUGCAUAUCGUGACUUUUUGGAGUUGAUAACAAAUCACCAUUGCUAA